GCGCGGCGGGACCAUGUCGGCGAUGGGGACUCUCGCGUUCGAUGAGUACGGGCGGCCCUUCCUGAUCCUCAAGGACCAGGAUCGCAAGAGCCGCCUCAUGGGGCUGGAGGCGCUCAAGUCUCAUAUAAUGGCAGCAAAGGCUGUGUCAAAUACACUGAGAACAUCACUGGGGCCCAAUGGUCUUGAUAAAAUGAUGGUGGACAAGGAUGGUGAGGUGACUGUCACGAAUGAUGGCGCCACCAUUCUGAGUAUGAUGGAUGUGGAUCAUCAAAUAGCUAAACUUAUGGUAGAGUUGUCUAAAUCGCAGGAUGAUGAGAUUGGGGAUGGAACUACAGGGGUUGUUGUUCUGGCUGGUGCAUUAUUGGAACAGGCUGAGCAGUUGUUAGAUCGCGGUAUUCACCCUAUGAGAAUAGCAGAUGGUUAUGAGCAGGCUGCACGCAUUGCCAUUGAGAAUCUAGACAAAAUCAGCGACAGUUUUCCAGUUGAUCCACAGAACAGUGAACCUCUCAUCCAGACUGCAAAGACAACUCUAGGUUCUAAAGUAAUUAAUCGUUGCAACAGACAGAUGGCAGAAAUCGCUGUAAAUGCUGUACUGACAGUGGCUGAUAUGGAACGCAAAGAUGUUGAUUUUGAGCUAAUCAAAGUACAAGGCAAAGUGGGAGGGAGACUGGAAGAUACCCAGUUGGUCAAAGGAGUGAUUGUGGAUAAAGAUUUCAGCCAUCCACAGAUGCCUAAAGAAGUUAAAGAUGCUAAAAUUGCAAUUCUCACUUGUCCAUUUGAGCCACCUAAGCCUAAAACCAAGCACAAGCUUGAUGUAACAUCUGUGGAAGAUUACAAGGCACUGCAGAAAUAUGAAAAGGAGAAAUUUGAAGAGAUGGUGAAACAGAUUAAAGACACUGGUGCAAACCUAGCUAUUUGCCAGUGGGGUUUUGAUGAUGAGGCAAAUCACUUAUUGCUUCAGAAUGAGCUGCCUGCUGUUCGUUGGGUUGGUGGACCUGAAAUAGAAUUGAUUGCUAUUGCAACUGGAGGACGCAUCGUUCCUCGUUUCUGCGAACUCACGUCUGAGAAACUAGGCUUCGCUGGCAUCGUCAAGGAGAUCUCAUUUGGAACAACAAAAGAUAAAAUGCUUGUUAUUGAGCAAUGUCAGAAUUCCAGAGCUGUGACCAUCUUCAUUAGAGGAGGAAAUAAGAUGAUUAUUGAAGAAGCAAAACGAUCUCUUCAUGAUGCCUUGUGUGUAAUCCGGAACCUGGUUCGUGAUAACCGCAUUGUGUAUGGAGGAGGGGCUGCUGAGAUUUCUUGUGCUUUGGCAGUUAGUGAAACAGCAGAUAAGUGCCCCUCUUUGGAACAAUAUGCUAUGAGGGCUUUUGCUGAUGCCCUAGAAGUCAUUCCCAUGGCACUUUCUGAAAACAGUGGAAUGAAUCCCAUACAGACUAUGACUGAAGUGCGAGCUAGACAAGUGAAAGAAAACAAUCCUGCUCUUGGGAUCGAUUGUUUGCGCAAAGGAACAAAUGAUAUGAAGAAACAACAUGUCAUAGAAACCUUAAUUGGUAAAAAGCAACAGAUUGCUCUGGCUACUCAGAUGGUUAGAAUGAUUCUAAAGAUUGAUGAUAUUCGUAGGCCAGGAGAAUCUGAAGAGUGAAGGCUGAAAGACAAGGAAUAAAAUCUAAUGGAGCCACUGCAGUAAGAAAAAUCAGUGGGAUCUCAACAGUUCAUCUUCAGCUAUUUAUUUCUUGACAACUUUUUUCUUUUUGUUUUAGAAAGUGUAACUGCUAGUUGUUUAAGACAAUAAAGUACCAUUUAGCA